CCUACCUCCUAAGGUAGCUUACCUCUGAAGCUACCUAACCUAGGCCGGGGAGGUGGGUGUCUUAGGUACCUCCCUUUACCCCUCGGCUGUCUCUUACGUCGUCCCGGUGCGCGACAAGACCCCCAUCUACUACCUACCUCAUCUUACGCGAACGCCCAUCGAGGUCCGCCGUCUCCCUUCCCAUCCCUCUCUCGCACCCUGUCAGCCCCCUCCCUCCCUAUCCGGCGUACUACCUACCUCCCUACCAACCUACCGACCUACCUACGGCAUACCGUCGUUGCUACGUACCUACAGCCGCCUGCUUCGAGCCCCGGAGCGAAUCGGCAUCCACCAUGGCGGCGACCUGCAUCUUCUGCAAAAUCAUCAAAGGCGAGAUCCCGAGCUUCAAGCUCUUCGAGAGCGACAAGACCUUCGCCUUCCUCGACAUCAACCCUCUGAGCAGAGGCCACGCGCUCGUCAUCCCCAAGUUCCACGGCGCGAAGCUCACCGACAUCCCCGACGAACAACUCGACGAGAUCCUGCCCCUGGCCAAGAGACUCGCAAAAGCUAUCGGCGCUACCGACUUCAAUGUCCUCCAGAACAACGGCCGCAUCGCCCACCAGAUGGUCGACCACGUCCACUUCCACGUGAUUCCCAAGCCGGACGAGAAACAGGGCCUCGGCGUCGGGUGGCCCCAGCAGCCGACCGACAUGGCCGCCCUCAAGGCCCUGUUCGAGGAGCUCAAGCCUAAGGUUUGAUUUCGGGGGACAUCAGGCACCGCCAGGCGCGUGCGUAUGCCACACAUGCCACAGCUCGCGAGGGUAGAACGGGCUUUGUAGCUGCUGUAGGUAGGUGGCCGUUACAUAACAGAGCAUGGGCAGAGAAAAAGAGGAGUGGAAGGACCGAGAGACAUUCUCGGCGCGAAUUGGUCACGAAAUCUAUUUACAACACUCCCC